AUGAGCAUCGUACGACGGCUGCAAGCGCGGGUGCAGCACUGGCAUUUGCUUGGGCGUUACUACGUCAAUAAAUGGCACUACAGUGUCUCCAAGUGGGCGGAAUGUGUCUUGUAUGGCCAGUCUAGAACAGGAAACAGCCCAAAGGUUGCGUCCGUGGCUUUUAUGAUCACGCGAGCUAUGCGUCAACAGCUUAUCGACGCUGGUUUUCCAUCCUCUGCUAUCUCGUCGUUACAGCCGGCAGUAGCGCAAAAGGUGAUUGCUGAGAAGGUCACAUUUGCAAAGUUUCAGGAGCUUCAGAAUCAACAUCAGGUAGAAGAGGCAGCAAAGAGGGCGAAGCAAAUGCUGCAACAGGAGGAGGAACAGGACCAACAGAAGAGCGUACUAGUGGUGGCAAACAAGCAGCAGGAAGUCAAACAGCACGAGGAAACUGUGAUAUCUGGAGCUCUUGCUACGCAGCAGAAGAAAGUGGGAAAGGAGAGGGAAGUGAACAAGACUUGA